AACAAAGGAAAAAGAGGGUAAAAAAUCAAGGAAAUCCCAGAUUAGGGUUUCUUGUGUCUCUCACUUCCUUCGGGGUAAGAUCUGCAACCUGAGAUCUCUUAGAUUUCCGAGACUUUCUCUGUUCGAUUCGGCCUGAGCUUCGAAUAGUCUGGUUGGAGAAGAGGGACGAAAAAAUAAGGCCAUAGGAGGAGAUACGGCCAGAGGAAUGGAUGAGGGAGACGGGAGGGAUCAGGUGGAGCAGUUCCACCGGAACGAGGCGAUCUCCGCCGUCGCCGACGAUGGGUUUCUCGUGGAAGAAGAUGACGACUACGAGGACCUUUAUAACGACGUUAAUGUCGGUGAAGGUUUUCUUCAGUCGUUGAGAAAGAACGACGAAGUUGGAUUUAGAAACGAGCAGCAGCAGAAGGUCAUCGGGGAAAACAACCAAGAUAGGGUUGACACAGCUAUAGCUGCGCCGGAGCACGGAGUCGUGAUUCCUGGCGUUGGCGGUGAGAGUGGUGAUGCUGCAGCAGCUGCUGCUCCUACAGGCCCGUCAGGAGUUUCUGGGGGAUAUGGAGGUCAAGGUUUUAAAGAGAAUGAGGUUAGUCAACAAGUUCCUUCUGGACCUGUUUCUGGAACUGUAGGUGGGCUUAGAGUAGAGCUCGGGCAGGGUUCUAACCGGGUCAAUGAUGUCGAACCGUUAAGACCGAAUAACGGUGGUCAGGGUCUCUUGCCGCCGCCGCAGAACUCGGGAAUUCCUAGUGUUAAUGGUGCGAGGGUUCCUGUUGGUAGUGCGGUCGGUAAUGGGGUUGCUGUUGCUGGUUCUGGGGUUAAUACCGGAGCUAGUGUUGGUUUUGCUACAGGCGGUGGCAGUGGUGGGAGCAAUGGGACAAUACUUUUCGUAGGGGAUUUGCAUUGGUGGACAACAGAUGCAGACCUCGAAGCUGAAUUGUGCAAGUAUGGGGCGGUGAAAGAGGUUAAGUUCUUCGAUGAGAAGGCUAGUGGAAAGUCAAAAGGGUACUGUCAAGUUGAGUUCUUUGAUCCCGUUGCGGCCACCGCUUGCAAAGAGGGGAUGGAUGGGCAUCUAUUUAAUGGGAGACCAUGUGUAGUUGCAUUUGCUUCGCCGUAUACUGUUAAAAGAAUGGGGGAGGCCCAGGUGAAUAGGAGCCAACAGGCACAGGCUGCAAUUGCACAAGCUAAGAGAGGGGGCCCUGCUGAUGCGGCUAAUAAACCUGCAGCUAGCAACAUCGCUACAAGCGGGAAUUUCCAAGGAGGGGAUAAUAGAGGUUACGGUAGAGGUAAUUGGGGCAGAGGCAAUGCUCAAGGGAUGGGUGGUAGAGGGCCUCUUGGUCCAAUGAGGAACAGACCUAGUGCGAUGGGUGGAAGAGGUAUAAUGGGGAAUGGUGGAGGGUUUGGCCAGCCUCCUAUGAUGCAUCCUCAGUCAAUGAUGGGCCAGGGAUUUGAUCCAGCUUUUGGUGGGCCAAUGGUGAGAAUGGGAAGCUUUGGAGGCUUCCCGGGGAUGCCAGCGCCUCCGUUUCCAGGGCUUUUGUCCUCAUUUCCUCCUGUCGGAGGUGUUGGUUUACCUGGAGUUGCACCACACGUCAAUCCAGCCUUCUUCGGAAGAGGAAUGCCUAUGAGUGGAGUAGGAAUGAUGCCCGGUGCAGGUGUUGAUGGAGGGUCUAAUAUGGGAAUGUGGGAUCCUAAUAUGGGAGGAUGGGGUGGUGAAGAGACAGAUGGUGGGAGAGCUGCAGAAUCUAGUUAUGGGGAGGAAGCUGCAUCUGAUCAUCAGUAUGGAGAGGUUAAUCAUGAUAGAGGAGGUCGUCAUAACCCUGUGAAGGAAAAAGAAAGACCUCCGGAAAGAGAGUGGUCUGGUUCAUCUGAUCGUAGGCAUCGUGAUGAUAAUAAAGGUGCAGGUUAUGAGAGGGACAUGCCCAGGGAGAAAGAUAGCAGCCACGAUCAUGACUGGUCAGAGAGAAAGCAUCGGGAUGAUAGAGACACAGGCAGGGAACGUGAGAGGGACCAUUAUAGAGAUCGGGAACGCUCUAGAGAUCGUGAGCGUGAGCGUGAACGUGACCGUGAUAGAGAGAGGGAUAGGGAGAGAGAUCGACAUAGGGAGGAGAGAGAAAGAUAUGGUGAUCGUAGAUACAGGGAUGAACCCGAGCGUGAUGAAGAAUGGGACAGAGGUCGAUCUUCAAGAACACAUAGCAAGUCACGGAUGUCAAAGGAGGAUGAUCACCGAUCAAGAUCAAGGGAUGCUGACUAUGGUAAGAGAAGGCGGCUGACCUCUGAGUAAUUUCGCCUGACACAGGACACAGAAAUACCUAAUUGAUUUUGAGAGCUCCUAGGAAGCUCCAAAUCCCACAGAAGAUAAAAAAGAAGAGCUAAGUCCUGUAGAAUCUGGCGAAAGAGUCUUCAACAGUGAAAUCAUCUUGGAAGCAGCUGGUAGUGUAGAAGUGGUAAGGGGAACGUUUGCUUUUUAAAGUUAUUGAGACACCUUGUGCCAUUUAUGGUUUUUAAUUUCUGAAAGACAGAGAUGGACCUGUGUUGUUGUGAUGUUUUAUGGCUUUUUCGGGUUUUCUCGAUGCUCUCUAGUUAACUGCUUCUGAAUA